GCGCCGCUCUGACUCCCCAAAAACCUGCCGUGAGAUACCAGCGCCACAUCAUCAUCAUCACGGCCUUCAUCACCUCAAACACGUCCCAUCAUCGUCAUCAUGAACUUCAUCACUGAAAGAUAUCACCACCAACAUCAUCAUCACCUCAAAUAAUUUCUCAUGGUGAUCUUAAUCAAAACCUUCCCUGAGAUACUACAUGAUAUCUUCAUAAUUUUAAACAUGCCCUGAUAUCAUCACCAUCACAAUGGUCUUCAUCACAUUUUUGGCCAGGUAGGCCUAACAUCUUCAUCACUGACAUCAUCAAGUUAAGCAUCCUAGUUUUGACCUUUAUGUAAAAUGUAAAUAACGUGACAGGCACUCGAGCGCGCGCCAGCGUCUUUCAUUAUAAUGGAGCGUUUGCCGCGUCGCCAGCGGAGAUGUGGCGUUGGAGAUAAAGCGUCUAUCACAGCAUUCGGGCCUUCAACUAUCUACGUUCAGCUCUCUGUUGAUCACGUCGGUGAUCUCGCGCCCUUCCGGCCAGUCAGCGGCACCUGUGCGCGUGUCAUAAAUCAGCUCAGGUGGGUGUCCCGGGGUGACGUCAGCGCUGGGCAAACAAACGCGCGCUCGAGCGCUCAGGCAAGGUGAAGUUCAGUUAAAGUAAAACUUUCAGCUCGCGAGGAAAAUGUCCGUGAGCUUCCUGCUGGACACGGCCAUGUACGGCAACCCCGCGAGACACCUGAACCUCAGCCAGCCUCACCUGAACGUCUACCCGUCCGCCCCGUACCCGGACUACAGUGGAUACCACCCGGGUCCUGCCCUCGGGAAUGACCUGCAUCACACCGGCAGCUCGUGGAGUCCCGGGUUCGGCCCGGGUUCGCGUGAAGAGUGGCCGCCGCUCUACAGCCACGGGACAGGUCACUCGCUGCCGGUUAACGGCUUGGAGGUCAACGUCAUUCCGCCGGUGGAUCAGGGGCUGCUGAGCGGCGCGCCGAGCGCGCCGGUGGACAGAGAAGAGCCGCAGGACUGGAUGAGACGCGCCGCGGCUCCCCCGAACUCUGGAGGGAAGACGCGGACGAAAGACAAAUACCGAGUGGUGUACAGUGACGUCCAGCGCCUGGAGCUGGAGAAGGAAUUUCAUUUCAGCAGAUACAUCACCAUCAGAAGGAAGGCGGAGCUUGCCGGAGCCCUGAGCCUAUCAGAACGCCAGGUGAAGAUCUGGUUUCAAAACAGACGAGCUAAAGAAAGGAAAAUGAACAAGAAGCGACUGCAGCAGGCUCAGCAGAGCUCUGCAUCCACACCGCCCAGCAUGCCCGGCCACGGCAGCGCCACCAUGGUUACCAGCACCAACAUCGGUUUGAUGACAGACAAUAUAUCGACCACCAUCAAAGAGGAAUACUGAAAACCCUUUCAAACAGAAGGAUAAACAGUACAUGUUUACACAGUUUCAGCGACACUGAAUGGAACGUUCAUAUUGCACUACACAAAUGACACGCAAACACAUUUUAUUGUGAAUAAAGCGCACAGUAUUUCAAUUUUUGUAAAAAAAAAAAUAUGAUCUGAGUAUGUUGAACGACUGAAGAUACACGUCAUAAUGCCUUCUAAAUUGUUUUGCAUACUGCUUUUGAUGACCUCAUAACUACUGACGAUGAUUUAAUGACUAUAUUUGCAGCGCGUGUAUCACUAUUGCUUUGCUUUGCUAUGUAAAAUAUUUUACACCUACUGGAUCAUGGAAAACUGACUUUUUUUUUUUUUUUUUAAGGAGUCAACUGGUGCCUCUGUCUAAUUAUUCAUUUUAAAAAGUGUAAAAUUUUUAAUAAAAAGAUAAUAUUUGAGAAGAAUGUAAAA